UUUGUUAACUUAACCCAAGAUCAACAACUCACACCAGAUCUAACCGCACGUAAACCGGUUUCCUAUUCGACAGUAUAAAAAGACGGGCUUAACAUAUUGUCAUCGAAAAAAGAUCCAAUUUCUGUCCGAAAAUUCCUGCAAGAAUCUAACUUUUUUUGUUCCUCGGAAUUAGGGGGAUACUUUUGCAUUGAAAAUGACACGAGGAAAACUUGAAGUACUUCUUGUUGGGGCUAAAGGCCUUGACAACACUGAUUUUUUCAAUAAUAUGGAUCCAUAUGUGGUCCUAACUUGUAGAUCUCAGGAGAAAAAGAGCAGUGUUGCAGCAGGGAAGGGAUCUGAACCAGAAUGGAAUGAAACAUUUGUUUUCUCCAUUUCUGAGGGUGUUGAAGAAUUGUUCUUGAAGAUAAUGGACAGUGAUUCUGUCGGUGAGGACGAUUUUGUGGGGGAAGCCAAGAUAGCAAUUGAGCCAGUUUUUUCAGAAGGGAGCAUCCCGACAACAUGUUAUAAUGUAGUUAAAGAUGAAGAGUACUGUGGAGAAAUUAGAGUUGGUCUUACCUUUACUCCUGAGGAAUAUUCUGAGAGGGGGUGUGAAGAAGAAAGCUUUGGCGGAUGGAAUGAGUCUUCUUAUUGAUGUGAAGCAUCAGUUAAUUGAUCAGUUUCAUGUAUUGUGAAAUUGGUUCCAGAUGUUGUGUUCCAGCAUGUAGUUGAAUGAAAAACUUUGAUAUUUUCUUUUCAUUUUUUGUGGUUUAGGGGAGGGUUUUCAUGAUGCUAUUUCCCAUGAUUUUAAUUUUAUUUUAUCAUGCACUGCAAUUUAAGGUUUAUUAUGCAGAAUGAUUUCACCGUUGCUUCCAAAA